AUGGACACUCUGGAAUUGGAGUUCUGCUUUCCAACAUUGAACAACUCCUGCAAGAAGACCCUUCACUCUGAGCCACAAGCCACACUGAUCUACAGCGUCCUGUCCACCAUCACUGUCCUCACUGUGGUCCUCAACCUGCUGGUCAUCAUCUCCAUCUUCCACUUCAGGCAGCUUCACACCUGUACCAACCUUCUCCUCCUCUCGUUGGCCUUCUCAGACUUCCUUGUUGGUUCAAUCCAGAUGCCCUGUCAGAUCUUCCAUUACAGAGGCUGCUGGUUCCUCGGUGAUAUUACUUGUGUUGUUUAUUACUUCUCUGGUUUUCUGGCUGUCAGCGCCUCUGUGGGAAACGUGGUGCUUAUAUCAAUAGACCGGUACGUGGCCAUCUGCGACCCAUUGUCUUACCCCGCAAAGGUGACUGUAACGCGGAUAAAAGCCUGCAUAGGUCUGUGUUGGAUAUUUUCUAUUGUACACGCGAGCUGGAUUCUAAGAGACAUGUUUAAACAGCCUGAUGUGUAUAAUUCUUGCAUUGGCGAGUGCAUGCUCGCAGUGAACCACGCUGAAGGGACUGUGGACAUAGUCGCCACGUUCAUCAUCCCGUUUACACUCAUCACAGUGUUAUAUUUGAGAGUUUUUUCUGUGGCGGUGUCCCAAGCCCGUGCCGUUCGGUCUCAUAUAGGCACCAUUGCUUUGCAGCGUUCAGGGGCGAUGGCAAAGAAAUCCGAGCUAAAAGCAGCCAAAACUCUGGGGGUGCUUGUGACAGUUUUUCUCUUUUGCUCAUGUCCAUAUUAUGCCUUUUCAGUGGCAGGGGAGAGUAACCAGAUUGGGGCUUCAUCCGGAGGGGUACAAUUAUGGCUCAUCUAUUUUAAUUCAUGUGCCAACCCUCUAAUCUACACGUUUAGCUACUCGUGGUUUAGGAGGUGUAUCAAACGGAUUGUAACGCUCCAGAUUCUGCAGCCGGACUCCAGACAAAGCAACGUACUAUAA